ACAGAAAAGAAUUUCUUGCCUAGUGAUAAGAAAGCAGAUAAACAGAAAAAUCUAACCCAAGCUCUAUUCGACUAUGUAGAAGAAGAAACCGAAACACCAGUUGCUUCAACAUCUGGAACUUUCAAAACUUCUAAGACUGGAGUAGCGCCUGAUAUACCUUCUAAAGAAACUGAUUCUUUCAAGCCUAUCAAUGAAAUAUCAUCUGCUAUACUUUUGACCAGAGCCUAG